AUGAAGAUCAUUCCAAUCCCUGCUCUCGAAGACAAUUACUCUUACAUUCUCAUCGACGAAAAGACCAAAGAAGCUGCUGUCAUUGAUCCAGUAGAGCCAAUCAAAAUUCUAAAUGUGAUUAGUCAAACGGGCGCAAAACUUUCCAGUGUAUUUGCCACCCAUCACCAUUGGGAUCACUCUGGAGGCAAUAUCGAACUAGUCGCAAAAAAGCCUGGAUUGGCUGUUUACGGUGCAGAUGCGAGAAUUCCAGAAAUCAAUUACGUCUGCAAAGAUCGAGAAGAAUUCAAACUGGGAUCAUUAGACAUCACACCGCUCCAUACACCAUGCCAUACAAAAGGACAUGUCUGCUAUUAUGUUGUUGAUCCUAAUACAGGUGAACGAGCUGUCUUUUCUGGAGACACAUUGUUCAUUGGAGGUAUUGGAAAGUUUUUCGAGGGAGAUGCUCGAGAUAUGUACAGAAUUUUAUUUCACAUUAUUACCAAAUUACCGGAUGACACUUGGGUCUAUUGUGGCCAUGAAUACACAAAGAACAACCUAAAGUUUGCUUUGUCCAUUGAUCCCCACAAUGAAAAUUUGCAAGCAAAAUGGGCCUGGUGUCAAGAUAAAUCCAUCACAGUGCCUAGUACGAUUGGACAAGAAAAGCUGUAUAAUCCGUUCUUGAGAGUGAAUGAACAGGCAUUGCAGCAUGUCGUUGGUAAAAAUGAUCCCGUUGAAGUACUCCAUACCAUCAGAGAAAUGAAAAACUCAUUUCUUUGA